CUAAAGUCUCCCGUCAGCGGAGAGGAGAUCCGUUCAGUCAGCGUCUGACAUCACAGGGCUGCACUUGACUCCAAAAGCGCGUGCAUCGACAGAGAACAUGUCUGGUCUCGUAGGUCGACUCUCCAGGGUGAUUUCUCAAAGUGCGGUCGCCAAGUCUGCAUUGUUGCCCAAACGAAUCCCAGCCUUCCGCCGUGCUGUCUUCACAAGUGCAGGCUUGCAGUCUCUGACUCGCUAUGAUGAGACAACAGACUGGCAGAAGAAGCUCUCUCCAGAGCAGUACGUAGUCACGAGGGAGAAGGGCACCGAAGUGCCCUUCAGUGGAAUCUACCUGCACCAUAAUGACGUGGGAAUGUACCACUGUGUGUGCUGUGACUCUCCCCUCUUCAGUUCGGAGGCUAAGUAUGAAUCUGGUACGGGGUGGCCAGCGUUCACAGAGGCCCACGGAGCGUGGGGCAGAGACGAGAGCCACGCCUCCAUCAUCCGUCGCCCCGACAACAGUCUGGGCAGCGCAGGGACAGAGGUUCUGUGUAAACAUUGUGAUGCCCACCUUGGUCAUGUGUUUGAAGACGGCCCGGACCCCACAGGCCAGCGGUUCUGCAUCAACAGCGCGGCCCUCACCUUCAAACCUCGAGAACAGAGCCCCUCCAACGAUGCAGACCAGUAGAGGCCCCACCUUGUUGAGACACGCCCCCACACCAUCGAGACACGCCCCC